CAUUAAUUCCAACUGAAAGUGAUGGUAGUGAAAAAAUUUUAGCACUUCAUCAAAAGCUUAUAAACAUUGCAGCAAAUUUGAAAUUACACAUAAUAUCUAUUGAGUCAGAUAGUGCUGCUGCUGAAUUCCAAGCACAGAAUUUAUUACAAGCAUCUAGAACAAAAUAUUGG